AUGACCUUGUUGUUGUUGUUUCUGUUACGAAUCGACGACGGUAGCUGCAAUAUCGCUGCUUCUGGUGGUCUGAUGAUUAUUGCGGUGGAGGCCAAUGACAACUAUGGUUGGAGCAAUUCGAUUUCAAUCGGAAGUCCCGAAGAAACUCUACGACGAUUUAGAGCUAGUAUGGGAUCAGACAAUUGCAAUUGGCAUUCAGAUCUGGACUAUGAUCAAUGGGUUGCCCUUCCAGUAGCUGGACCACGGCCAUCUGCACGUUAUAAGCAUGCUGCAGCUGUCAUCAAUGAAAAGCUCUACAUUGUUGGUGGAAGUCGUAAUGGGCGAUACUUAUCUGAUGUUCAGGCUCUUGAUCUAAGAAACUUAAUUUGGUCCACUAUUAAAUUAAGAACUCAAUCAGGGUCUGAUAGUAUCAAAGAUGACAGAUUAUCAGAAGUCUUCCCAUCUACAUCUGGUCAUAGUAUGGUCAAGUGGGGAAACAAACUCCUCCUCAUUGGUGGCCACUCAAAGGAUACCUCUGAUAAUGUGAUAGUGCGUUUCAUUGAUCUUGAGUCACAUGUGAGUGGAAUAAUGGAAGCCAAAGGAAAAAUUCCGGUAGCUCGAGGUGGGCAAUCUGUGUCAUUGAUUGGUUCAAAACUUAUAAUGUUUGGGGGAGAGGACAAACACAGACGACUUUUGAAUGAUGUUAAUGUCCUUGAUCUUGAAACAAUGAUUUGGAAUGUUGCUGAGACUACGUUGACUCCUCCAGCUCCAAGAUUUGAUCAUACAGCUACUGUGCAUGGAGAUCGAUACCUUCAAAUAUUUGGUGGUUGUUCUCAUUCAACUUUCUUCAGCGAUCUGCACGUGCUUGAUUUAGAAACAUUAGAAUGGUCACAACCACAGAUUCAAGGUAACAUUGUGUCUCCUAGGGCAGGCCAUGCUGGAAUCUCUAUUGAUGAGAAGUGGUUCAUUGUUGGUGGUGGAGAUAAUAAAACUGGUGCUUUAGAGACAUUGGUCCUUGAUAUGUCUACACUUGUCUUGUCCAUCUUGACAACUGUAGAAAAGAAAGAUCCCCUUGCUAGUGAGGGGCUCACCAUAUCAUCAGCAUUGGUAGAUGGCCAACAGUUUUUGAUUGCUUUUGGUGGAUAUAACGGGAAAUAUAACAAUGAGGUUUUUGCAAUGAAGCCAAAACCGAAGGAUUUAAAACACCCAAAAAUCUUUAAGUCAUCAGCAGCUGCAGCUGCAGCAGCUUCUGUAACAGCUGCAUAUGCUUUAGCUAAAUCUGAAGAUUUGACAGCUGUCGAUAAUUCAAAAAGUAAAGUUGAUCUUUCGGUUGAAAUUGGUGUUAUCAAAGAGGAAAAAAAGGUGUUGGAAUCAUCUAUUGCGUGGGUCAAAGCAGAAAAGUCAACCCUAAAGUCAAAGCUUGAUGAAGUCAACGAAACUCAUGUUGACUUGUCAAAGGAGUUGCAUUCUGUUCAAGGUCAACUGGCUGCUGAGAAAUCUAGAUGUGCUAAUCUGGAGGCACAAAUAUCAGAGCUACAAGUGUUGAUGUCAUCAAUGGAGUCCGUAGAGCAGAAAGUUGAAGCACUUCGGUCGCAGAAAUCUGAGUCUGUUCAGAGACAAACUUCAGCUGUAUCUUGGAGGUGGAUGUCUCCAUAGAGUGGUGGAUGUCUAAAUUGGUCUUUUUACCAUGUUUGAUUUCCAGUCUUUUUUUUUGUUGUUUCAUCUAAUUGUUAACAGAUUAUAAGAAAUAUCUUUUUUUAUGUGACCAUGCAUUGGUUCUUUCUUUGCUACUUUGUUAUAAAUUGUUACAAACUAGAAUAAUAUUUUACAAACGGCAAUAAUAAUGAUGUAGGUGAUUAUGAUAAACGGCA